GCGCCCCGACUUUGCGCUGGAGUUUGACAGAGCGGCGGACGGAGGAGCCGAAACCGGCGGGCAGAACUUUCCCCCGAACGUCACGGACAGAGGUUUUUCCUCUUUUAUCGCCGCAUGGGAAUCGGUCUGAAAAUCGCAAAGUGAAUUCUGGCUCUGAGUCGGUCGCCGUUUUUUUAAAAAAAAUGUGUGGCAACGGGGUCCGGAGUCUGGAUUGUGCCCUGGGCUUUUACUCUGCUUGUGAACUUUGACGGAGGCGUCGGUCGGGAGGAUAUUGAAAGCAAACUUCAUUGAGUCUGAUCUCCCCUUUUUACCCCCUUGUUCUUUCGGGUCUCGCCGCUCCCGGAGACUUUGGUUUCAGGUGGUAAGGGAGCCCGCGGCUCACAGGGAUAAUGACUUCCUACGUGGACCUACUUUUCAAGCAGGUUUUAAUGAAAAAACCGUCAGAAAGAAGCCAGCAGGAUUUAGAAAUCAUUUACUCACACCUCCAUGGCAUGGAUGUACUUUCUAAUUUGAGGGAACACCAACUCAGAUUGAUGUGCACGACAGUACGUUAUGAAAAGCAUGAUGCCAAUGAAGUCUUGUUCUAUCCUGAUAGUAUUGCAACCUGCUGGUAUAUCCUCCUUUCGGGAUGUGUAUUUAUCAAAGAAUCAAUGUUUCUUCCACGUUGCAGUUUUGGCAAGCAAUCUGCUGGAAGUCUGAGACGAGGUUGUGAAUGUAUCGUUUUAGAAACUUCAGAAAUGAUUGUGGUUGAAAAUGUGAGUGAAAAUGAAGAGAAGAAUCUACAGAGAGAAGUUACAAACCGGCAGUCUCGUCGCCGCUUCAGAAAGAUUAACCUGAAAGGGGAGCGACAAACAAUUACAGAUAAUGUGGAUUCAUACCAUUCUGAUGGACCCCAACAGACCAGCACUUGUAACAUGCUUCCUGCAGAUCUUUCCAAGAUGCACCUCACAGAUAAUCCACAUCCACAAGUGACACUUGUCCCUUCCAGCCAGUCUGGGUGCAGUAUUGCCAGUGACUCUGGGAGCAGCAGCCUAUCAGAUAUCUAUCAGGCCACAGAGAGUGAAAUGGGGGAUGUGGAUCUUACUGGUCUUCCGGAAACAGCUGUAGAUUCUGAAGAAGAGGAAGAAGAUGAAGAGGACAUUGACCGUGCCUCCGAUCCAUUGAUGAGCAGGGAUGUUGUUAGGGAAUGUCUGGAGAAAGAUCCUGCGGACCGAACUGACGAUGACAUUGAACAAUUGCUGGAAUUUAUGCACCAGUUACCUGCUUUUGCCAACAUGACCAUGUUUGUCAGAAGGGAACUAUGCUCAGUAAUGAUAUUUGAAGUAGUGGAACAUGCAGGAGCCAUAAUAAUAGAUGAUGGGAAAGAGCUGGAGGCAUGGUAUGUUAUUCUAAAUGGCUCAGUGGAAAUCAUUGACUCCCAUGCAAAAACUGAAACACUUUGCAUGGGAAAUAGUUUUGGCAUUGCUCCUUCUUUGGAGAAACAAUAUAUGAAAGGAGUUAUUAAGACUAAAGCAGAUGAUUGUCAGUUUGUAAGUGUAGCUCAACAGGAUUAUUGCCGAAUUCUGAACCAAGUAGAGAAAAAUACUCACAAGGUGGAGGAGGAAGGAGAGAUAGUAAUGGUGAAAGAGCACAGAGAGCUGGAUCGUACUGGAACCAGGAAAGGACACAUAGUUAUAAAGGGAACACCAGAUAGACUUAUUCGACACUUAGUUGAAGAACAUUCCAUUGUAGAUCCCACGUACAUAGAGGAUUUCCUGUUGACAUGCAGAACGUUUCUGUCAAGUCCCAUGGAAGUUGGAGAGAGAUUACUCGAAUGGUUUAAUGUUGAUAGCCUUAGGGAUAAGGUCACACGAGUUGUGCUGUUAUGGGUGAAUAAUCAUUUCAAUGAUUUUGAAGGAGAUCCUGCCAUGACCAAUUUUUUAGAAGAAUUUGAAAACAAGUUAGAAACAGCGAAAAUGAAAGGACAUCUCAGAUUGCUGAAUAUUGCUUGUGCUGCUAAGGCCAAAUGGAGGCAGAUAACUUUGCUAAAACCUUCCAGGGAGUCCCCAUUAUACUUUAAUCUACUUGGUGGCAGCGAGAGAGGAUUCGGCAUCUUUGUGGAAAGCGUAGAGCCUGGUAGUAAAGCUGCUGAGGCUGGACUUAAACGAGGUGACCAGAUUAUGGAAGUCAAUGGACAGAACUUUGAAAAUAUCCAAUACACAAAAGCUCAAGAAAUUCUGAGAAAUAACACUCAUCUGUCCAUCACAGUAAAAACCAACAUAUUUGUUUUUAAGGAACUCUUAAGCAGGUUGAUGCAGGAGAAAAAGAAUGGAGUUCCUCACAUUCCUAAAAUUGCUGAGAAAAAGGGGAAUCGUUACUCACAUCCAGAUUUGCACAGAGAUUUAGAACAGAUGUUCCCUUCAGAUAAAAGUAACAAGAAGAUGAAAGCCAACACAGUGUCAGGCAGUCGAAACAAAAUCAGAAAAAUACUUGACAAGACACGCUUCAGCAUCUUGCCACCAAAGCCAUUCAGUGAUGCUGGAGUGAGCCAAUCUCAGGAUGAUAGCAUCGUUGGAACAAGGCAGUUCAGGCAUAGUGUUGCUAUAAUGCCAUUCCCUGGAACUCUUUCUUCUAGCAGCCCUGACCUGUUGCAGCCUGCUACUAGUAUACUUGAUUUUGCAAAUCCUGCAGAUGUACCUGAUCAAGUCAUCCGAGUUUUUAAGGCUGAUCAACAAAGUUGCUAUAUUAUCAUAAGCAAAGAUACCACAGCAAAAGAAGUUGUUGUCCAUGCUGUACAUGAAUUUGGCCUGACUGCACCUUCCGAAACCUAUUCUCUCUGUGAAGUUUCUAUAAGCUGUGAAGGUGUAAUCAAGCAAAGAAGACUUCCUGAUCAGUUGUCUAAACUUGCUGACAGGAUCCAGCUGAAUGGCAGGUACUAUCUGAAAAAUAACAUGGAAACAGAGACUCUUUGCUCAGAUGAAGAUGCCCAGGAAUUACUAAGAGAAAGUCAAAUCUCUCUGCUGCAACUUAGCACCAUUGAAGUAGCUACUCAGUUGUCAAUGAGAGACUUUGAAUUGUUCCGGAACAUUGAGCCCACUGAGUAUAUUGAUGACCUCUUUAAAAGGGAGUCAAAAACUGGAAACAUACAUCUCAAGCAGUUUGAGGAUGUUAUCAAUCAGGAAACCUUCUGGGUUGCUACUGAGAUUUUGAAGGAAACUGUGCAGUGGAAAAGAAUGAAGAUAAUGAAACAUUUCAUUAAAAUUGCCUUACACUGCAGAGAGUGCAAGAACUUUAACUCCAUGUUUGCUAUUAUCAGUGGGUUAAAUCUUGCACCAGUUGCACGUCUUAGAGGCACUUGGGAAAAGCUUCCAAGCAAGUAUGAAAAGCUGCUACGAGACCUUCAAGAUCUCUUUGAUCCCUCCAGAAACAUGGCAAAAUACAGAAAUGUUCUCAGCAGUCAGAGUCUGCAGCCACCCAUCAUUCCACUGUUCCCCGUAGUCAAAAAAGAUCUCACUUUUCUGCACGAAGGAAAUGACUCCAAAGUGGAAGGUUUGGCAAAUUUUGAGAAGCUGCGGAUGAUCGCCAAGGAGAUUCGCCAUGUUGUCCGCAUGACUUCAGUUAACAUGGAUCCUGCUGUAAUGUUCAGGAAUAGGAAGAAGAGAUGGAGGAGUUUGGGGUCAUUAAGUCAAGGCAGCACAAAUUCCAACGUGCUAGAUUCAGUCCAAGCCGGGGGUCAUAAGAAGCGAGUACGGCGAAGCUCCCUGCUCAAUGCCAAGAAGCUUUAUGAGGAUGCACAAAUGGCUCGAAAGGUUAAGCAGUAUCUCUCAAACCUAUAUGUGGAGACGAAUGAAGAAAACAUUCAAAUGAUGUCAUUGCAAUGUGAGCCUGCCUAUAGCACAUUAAGCAAGAACUUUGGUGAACGGCGGUCAUAUAAAAGCUCAGACAUGUCCCCAGUAAUUACAAGGUCAUCUGGUCAGCAGGGAAAGCACCAAGUACAGCAGCGAAUGAGCCAGACCCUGCAAUUGCCAGCAGUACCUUCAAGCAACUCUCGCAAAAAAGUACCAACUCCAUCAUUCGGUACCAAUUCACCACAGUCCUUGAAGAAGACUUCAGUAGUGUCUGAGGAAGUACUAGCAGACAGAAGCAAGAAGAAUACUGAUGACACUAUGUCAACAGCAUCCUCACAACUGUCUUCUCCUCCUGUAUCUCCUCAAAAUCCCUCACGCAAAGGUGGUAUUCCAUUGUGGUCACAAUAUUCAAGUCCACCAAAAGUAUCUACUUGUUCUUCUUCUCUUGCUAGUGAGGUCAGGCACAGGAGCACUGUGGCACAUACCUAUGGCAUAGGUGUCCUGGCUCCAAUCACAAGAAUUGACAAUUUCUCCGACUCAAGUCACAGUGAAAUCUCAUCACGCUCCAGCAUUGUCAGCAAUUGCUCUGUUGAUUCCAUGUGCAUUGCUAUGCAGGAUGAGAGAUGUUUGUCGCAGUCAAUCAGUGUCCCAGAUGCAACAGAACCAGCUGGAGGGAGAAACGUACAACAGGCAAACAAAUCUGCACAACCCAACGCAAGUUCUUCUGUAAUUUUAAGUACUGAAAAGCGAGGGUGCCUGGUUAUGGAAACAGCAGUCACAUCUUCAAGUAAUGAAGAGUUGGCCCGCGAACACUAUGAUCACAUCUCAAUUGAUGCAGCGGACAGUGGCCGUGGAAGCUGGACUUCAUGCUCCAGCAACUCCCAUGACAACAUCCAGACAAUUCAAACUCAGAAAAACUGGGACCUACUAAAUGCUUCUAAAUAUACUCAUACUUUAGAUGGACCAGUUGCAGAAAUUGAACUGACAGAAUCUUGGACCACAGGCUGUCACUUAUACUCUGGAGACCUGACUAAAAGCCCUAGUCCGAUUCAGUCUAAAGACAGCAUUGAAUGUGUUCAUUCCAGGGAAAGCUGGAUGCCUUCAACAUAUUCCCACUUGGACAAGUUUGAAAGAGACUGUGGAACCGUAAACCGAGUAGGAUUGCCUGAGACUACAGCUGAAGCACCUGGUCGCAGUGAGAAUGUUUCAAAUUCUAAACCAAACAUUGACCCCUCUUGCAAAGCUGUCACUUCAAGCACAGAUAAGGGUCUCAUAGUGUAUUGUGUUACUGCAGCACAAAGGGAUGGUAGGUAUAGAGAGCCACCACCCACUCCUCCAGGCUACGUGGGAAUUCCGAUAGCACAGAUGAAGGAAGGAGGACAUCACCAUCCACACUUAAAACCUCCAGAUUACAGCGUUGCACUGAAAAGGUCACGGAUGGUAACUCAAAAUACUGACCCAUGUAGACUGAUGCAGACUCCCAUUGCUUGUCAGCCGACGUCAAGCAACCAACCUAAAGUUCUGGGAAUACCUCAGUGGCAUAAACUGCCUGAGUCUGACUCUGCACAGCUUAACCACCAGAAUUUUCAAGGUGAUGAAGAUGAUGAGGACGAGCUAGUUUCUGCAGUUUGAUGCUUGGAUAAUUUUGGGUUCUCAUUGCAACAGUGAAGCACUGGAGCUACAAGGACCACAGUACGUUAUGUUCUCAGAAUGCAGGCAGCUGCUUUUCUUGUGUUUUCUGCCUUAAAGUACAUCAUCUUUGCAUCAUGUUCUGCAUGUGGCAAAAUCAUGAAGGCCUAUCCAUUUUGUCUUUGAGUGAGAAGUAAUUCAAUCAAAUACAGUUUAGUUUUCCAUGUUGGUAAAGCUGCAUACACUCCUGUUAUCUGAACUACAGUAUUUGGUCAUCUUAAUCAUGCCAAAUGCUUUUUAAUUUUGGGAGUCUUAGUUAUUAGAUGUUAGGCCUUAAUGUAGUUUAAAUUAAUGAAUUGAAUUGUAUUGUAAUUUAAUCUCCUGUGCAUAAUUGGACUAUGAGCAUAAAUAGUGUACAAAUAACUAGACUCAUCAGAGGAAACUGAUCAUAAAUUGUUUUACCAUACAUCGGUGAUGAUCAACUAAGGGCUGUAAAUUAUAGCUUGUUACUGACCUGAGAUUUGUAUGACAUACAGGGUAUUCCAUUUUCCUUUGGUCCUUAUUCCAUAUUGUGUUUAUUUCAUAGUUCAGUAAUGUACAUCACAAUACAAAUUACAUCUAUUCAGGUUUAAUGGGAGCUCUGUUGUCUCAGGAUUGCAGUUAGGUUUUCAACAUUGGGAAUUGUACUCAUAAUGCUUUGUGUGGUCAAGCAUGGAAUAGAUUGUGUGGCAUCAACUCUGUUAUAAACUAAUAUGCUGUGUUUGCACAAAUGACAGGAAUCAGGAUUAUACAGCUAAGGCCAUAUGUUGAGGGUUUGUUUAUAAAUAGCUUAUGGGGAAGCAAAUCAGAUAAAUGGUUUCUGAAUCAAAGCUGUGCUGCAGGUAUGCUGAUCAGUAAAAACAUGUUGCUCAGUUGCUUAAAAUUCAAUCUAAAUAUGCCACAAUUUGUUUGUGCUAUUCAGCAAGCAAAAAACUAAGUUUUAUUUUUUUGGAAUUUAGUAGACAAUUUUGUCUCAUUAAUUUUUAAUUAUUAUGUCUUUUUUCCUUGCUUCCAAAAACUUAACUGAAGAGUAGUUAGAGAUUAUCCAACACCAAAAUUACUCUUUAAAUCUUGAAAAUCUAGCAGCCUAUAAUUAGUUAUUUGUUGGUCUAGUUAUUUGUAUGUGUAUAUGAUCAUGUAUGAGACUGGAAAAACUAUUUUCAUCAAGACUAACCUCUAAACAAAAUCUUAGUUUCUUACAUUGGCUUGUAGUUGUGUAAUGAUAUUACUUGACUUUUUUUUAAUCAUUCACUGUGGCAUUGUCUUUGCACCUUAACUGGUGAGGAAAGUUUACAAGGUAAGCAAGAAACAAGGUAAAGUUAUUGUUUUUGUUUCAGAAUUAAUUUUAGUUUUCCAGAUUGUGAUUGGCCAUUAUUAUGGUCAGGAAUCUUGGGCAUGAUCCCUUGUGCCUUUAUUUAGUUGUAGGGGCAGCAAGGUAUUUUAAAAUAAGUGGUAAAUUGAAACAAGUACAGUAUUAUGAUUGCCAGAAGCGUCCUUCUUGAGGACUAAAACACCUCCUGCCCCUUAAAUGUAAAUAAAAGGAAAUAUAGAAGAGAUAAAUGAGGAAAAGCAAAUCUUGAUUAAUUUUCUUUAUAUCCAGUUUACAGUGUGACAUGCACAUGCUUGUCCUACUGCGACUGAUUAAAAAAAUUAACUGAUCAUAUUGAUCAGUUUGUUCAACAAUUUGUGUAGUAUUCAUAGUAGCAAAUCUUUUCUGUGCUUUAUUUAAAUUUAAUUUAAAAUUAUUCAGUGUUAGGUGAUUGUUUGCAAUUUUUCCCUACAAUGUCAUUUGUUAAUGGUAAUUUGGGCUUUAUUUUUGAUAUACAUAUAUAUAUAUAUAUAUAAAAAAAACUGGAGUGCACUUCAUGGACUAUGUAUUCUUAUCAAAAUGGGCGUUAAGCGUAUUGAAUAAGCUGCACAAUCAUUGUAAACAUACAGGUAUUAGAGAAAUAUUCUGUAAUGUCCAUUCACAAAGAAGAAAUAUAAUUGUAAAGAGUAUGUAAUAUUAACUAAUGUUUUCUCCUACUUUUGAUACUACUUGUAACUUAUGUCUUUUAGAAAGACAGUUUGUGUCUGUAUGCUUUUUUAUACUUUUAUCAGUGUACAUAUGUUAUAUUUUUGUUGAACAAAUGUUAUAAAAUGUAUUGUUUAUUUCUUGAGAUUUCAUUAAAGUGAACGAGUAAACCAAUAAAGAGCAGUGAUGUAUGAUCGUA